GGCCAUGCGCUGAGCGCCCGGAGCAGCCGGCGAGCGAAGUUGGGGUGGAAGAUGAACAACGCCGAAAUCUCAAAACCACCAUUAGCACCGAAACCAAAGAUCAUUGGUCAUCUUUCUCCAGCACCUGUCUCUAAAUUUUCACCUUCACUGCCAAGAGCUGAUAUUCUUCAUAACCCGAACUCUGGGUCUAGGGGUCCCAAGCCACCAAUUGCUCCCAAGCCAAAAUUCUCAGCUGACACUGAGGGAAAAUCCAGUGUUUCUACCAACAAUAACUUAAAUAAAUGUGCAAAUGGGAAACUGGUGUGUCUUGAUGGAGAAUUCUGUGAAGGAAACCAAUGCAAUGCUAAUUGCCUAGAAUCUGAGGCAGAUAAUGAAUACAUUGUAGUUCCUGAAGCUCAGCUGCCCAGCAAAGACUGCAAUGAUUUGGAACAUGAAUAUGACCAAAACCUAGAUUCCUCCGUGGAAAAUGAAGUCUCAGAAACUCCAGAAAAGGUAGAGAAGGAAGAGGAUAACAUUGCUAGUGAUCAGAAUACCAGUAAUCGAGAAGUCAUCAAAGAUGAGCACUGUACCUCUUCAGAUACUGCUGAACCAGGGGAACCAGAUUGUGAGGAGUCAUCCAGAGACUGUGACCAGUCCAAAGCACUUUGUGAGGAGUCCUUAGAUGCCCCAGAUGGGGAUAAUGAUGCUACCAAGAAAGCAGGUGAAGAUGAGGAUGCUGUACGUGAUUGUACUGAAACAAAAAACAGGCAAGAAACUUCUUAUAUGCUGGAACUGGUCAAGAACAGUAGUGAUUGUGAGACUGACAGUGAUGACAUUUUGAAUAGAGAUGAGAAACUAAUGGGUGAUACUUGUAGAGAUAUCAUUGCAAUGCCACUGCCUGCAGACGAAUCAAUCCCAGCUUGUGAGAAGACAGGGCAAGAGGAGGAGGAGCAGCCUGAGAUUUUAGAAAUGGCAGAUGUGCAUCUACCACAUAAUGAUGACCACAGUGUGCAUGCAGAGCUUGACUCAAACAUGGAAAGGGACUUAGAAAAUAAUGACUGUGCAAGCCCUGACAUGCUGCCUGAGGAAGCCAGUGAAGAAACGAGUCCUGGCUUAGAAUUGUGUGAAGAUGAACCCGGUGCCAAAAAUGAUUUAGCAGAGUUCAUGCAUCAAGCAGCAGCUGAAGAGGAGGAAGUAGACCCAAAUGAGCACUAUAAUACAAACACAGGAAAUGCCAGUGAUGGCUGCCAGAUCACUGAGAGGAGAAGCAAGACAACAUCAGAGGUAGCCUGUGAAGCAAGCAAAGACUCUGAGAAAGGGGAAGAAGAAAUUGUGAAUGCAGAGAAUAUGGAGGAUGGCUGUCAGAUUGCACCUUGUGAGAAGGAAUGUGGUGAGGAAAUACCCGUGGAACAUUCAGAUGAGAAUCUUCAAACAGAAGGGGCCUCUCUGCAUGAAGAUGGCAUGAUUUCUGAUAGUCUACCUUGUAGUCUAGGGAUAAAGCCAGAGAUGGAAGAUGGGACUAUUGAAGAGCAUAAUGAAAAUACUGUAGAAGCCUCUAAAUCAGAUGAAUUGCAUCUCAAAGACAAUGAGGUGGAAGCAAACAGCCUCAGCAAAAGUAUCCCAAGUUCACCUCAAGAGGUCCCAUGUGAGGAAGACAUAGAAAUCUGUAAGCAUAGCAAAAUUAAUGUAGAUUGUGGGACCAAACAUGUUUUGCAUGAAAAUCUAGCAGUCCCUGAAGUGGUCAUUGUGACUGAUGAAUCAGAGGAAAGAGAAACUAGCAGUGAUUCCCUAGAUGAUCCUUAUGUGCUUCCUGAAGAAAAUGAAAUUGUCCAUGAUGCGCACACUGAGUUAGGAGCUGAUCACAGUAAAAGGGGUGAAUUAGGCAUGGAUGGUGAAAACAACUUGCUGCCCAUUGAUUGUAAAAGUAUUGUCACUAGAACACGAUCUCUCUCUGGGAGAAUUCCAGGCUAUGUCCCAGAAACUGUUCCAGAAGAAACUGGACCUGAAACUGAUUUGCUGUCUUCCCAAAAUGGCUCUGGGACAGAAGACUUAAGCAAUAAUUCCUUUUCAUUGGAAGAAAAACCAGUGGAAGCCAAUAGGGCUUUACCAACCAAGUCAAGACGCUUUAUUUUAUAUCCUCGAUCUUAUUCUGUUGAAGGGAGAGAGUUACCUAUCUCUGUUUACAGAGAAAGUGAUGUCUGUGUACUGGAUGGUGUCAGAAUGAAAAGGACAGAAGACAAUUUGUCUUUGCCUUGUGUCAAUGGUUCCUCAGGUAGUUUUUCCCAGCAAAAUCAUCUCUCAUCAUGUGGCGUAUCUACUCCAUCCUCAGCUGUUGAUAUACCACCUCCAUUUGAACUUGCCUACAUCACCAAAAAGCCAAUCACUAAAAGUUCACCUUCACUUUUGAUAGAGAAUGACUCACCUGCUAAGUAUUCCAAGAAAAAGAAAUCUUCUUUUAAGAGGUUCCUUACUCUAAAGUUCAAGAAGAAAAGUGAAAGUAAAGUCCAUGUAGAUGUUAAUGUUUGUUCUUCCAGGUCCUCAUCGGAGUCCAGCUAUCAUGGGCCUCCCAGGCUGAUGGAGCUGGAAGGGAGGAGCCUAAGUAGCUCACCUCAGUUAAAAUCACAUGUGGGGACGCUCCGUGCAUCUGAGUCUCCCUCGGCUGUUCUUUUCUAUAAGGAUGGUAAAAAAAAAGGAACGCCCAAGUCCUUCAGCAGGAGUGUGUCAAGGGUGGAGUCCUUUGAGGACCGGUCCAGACCUCCUUUCAUGCCACUCCCAUUAACGAAACCUAGGUCUAUUUCUUUUCCCAAUGCCGACACUUCUGACUAUGAGAACAUUCCUGCUAUGAGCUCAGACUAUGAAAACAUACAAAUUCCUCCUCGGAGAUCCACCAGAGCAGGAACUUUUACCGAGUUUUUUGAAGAUCCCAGCAGAGCAUUAUCUGCUGCUAAUGAGAACGAUGGCUAUGUGGAUAUGAGCAGCUUCACUGGCUUUGAGAACAAGCAGCAAAUCACAGACCAGGAAACAGAAAGUGCCUACACUGAGCCCUACAAGGUGUGCCCAGUCUCUGUGACACCAAUGGAAGCUGUCACAUCAGAUGAGGAACAAAAGAGUUCAGAAGAUGAUGAGAGCAGCCUUGGUGAUCCCAGUCUUACCAACAAGAAGGAAGGCCAGUCUAGAGCUUACCUCAUUGCCCAGGAGCUAAUGUCUUCAGAAAAAGUAUAUGUGGAAAUGCUCCAGUUGUUGCAUAUGGAUUUCUAUGAAGGUAUCUUGAAAGUGCUUGGAGAUGAUGAUGAAAAUGAACAAGAAGUUAAACUUAAACAGGGUUUAAGUGAACUCCCUGAAAUUUAUGAAUUACACCAAGACAUCCUGGAAGAACUGGAAGAGAGAGUCCUUAAAUGGGAUGAACACCAGAAAGUUGCUGACGUUUUUCUCUCCAGAAAAUCAAGGUUAAAUCACCACACAGCAUAUAUUAUGCAGUUUGACAGGAAUUUGGCUUUGCUAGAUGAAACGUGCCUUAAAUAUUCCCAACUGGCUACCAUGAUUCAGGAGUUUGAGCAGCACUCUGGUGACAGCCCUUACAGUGUGAAACACCAGCUUCUGAAAGUGGUACACCGUGUCUUCCAGUAUCGUGUGAUGCUCACAGAUUACUUGAAUAAUCUUUGUCCUGAUUCUACAGAGUAUGAAGCCACACAAGCUGCCUUAUUCAUACUUUCUGAAAUCACGGACCAAGCCAAUGACAGCAUGCUCCAAGCGGAAAACUUGCAGAAGCUAGUACACAUUGAACACAGUGUGAGAGGGCAGAGCGGCCUCCUCCAGCCAGGAAGGAUCUUUGUUAAAGAGGGAACACUAAUGAAAGUCUCUGGCAAAAACAGGCGUCCUCGACAUUUGUUCUUGAUGAAUGAUGUUCUGCUGUACACAUAUCCCCAGAAGGAUGGCAAAUACCGACUGAAAAACACCUUGCCUGUGUCAGGCAUGAAGGUCAGCCGCCCAGUGAUAGAGAAAGCCCAAAACAUCCUGAAGAUCGAAUAUGAUGAACAUUGCCUAACCCUGUCAGCAAGAGCUAAUGAGAUACCAGUGAGCCAGCAUGCUCUCCUAACUCCAUUGCACAACAUCCUUGGCCUAUUACACUCACCAAAAGAAGCACCAAAGACAGAAAAGUGCAGAAGGCUUCAAGUAUUUCUAUUUGUAUGAGACAAGGUGAGUGAACUGAAGAAAUACAGCAUGAGUGCCAGGGACAAAAGGCAGUAGACUAAGGAUGACCAAAGCUCAGAAGUCAGCAUGGCUAUAUGAGCAGGUGGCACUGUAAAGUCAUUUCCUGCUGAAAAUGGCUCAUUCACCAGAAGAGCCAUGUUAUUGGUUUAACAGGGAGCUGCUAACAGAUUUGAGCACAGCACCUUUAUGGAGAAGGCUCAUAUGCUCUUAUAUCUUUGUUUGCAUUACAAAAACAUUACUUUUGGACACAGGGAUAAUCCUGUGGUGCUCAUAUAAAAUACCAGAGAAAAUACUAGGAGGACACACUCAAUAUUACCUCCUUAAAGGCUAAUUUAGUGCAAUAGUGGUAGAGCUGUGACAAAAUCCCUUCCUGCUCCAAUUUCUGUGUUCUGUGGACGUUCCCUGCUGUCUAGUGAAAUGCCACAACAACUUGACUCCCUCUUUUUAUUUGCUUAAUGAUGAAUAUAUGAAUCAACAUGGAUAAACUGAUAGCUCAGCACAGAAGAUACAUGCCAAAAAUCCCACAAGGACCAAAUGUGGCAAUGGUGGAUCAGGGGCUGACCUUCUCUGAGUGUCAGAGGUUCAGCAAAAAUUCCUCUGUGCCUUCAUGUAACUGAAUGUAACCAAGUCAAAUAGCUAAUUAAGAACAGGCCUAUGCAAAUCGACAUAAUUGAUCUUACUCAUCAGCAGCUGGGUGUUAUUCCCACAUUUAGUCAUCAAAAACCUGCAAUUACUUCCUAGGUAUUUUUAAUUGAGUGGAGAAAAGGCUAAAGGGGCAAGUUAGAUAUCAGACUUUUGGUAACAUAUUGUCCUUCUUACCUGUCUUUCCUAAAGCACCUUCAGUUUCCAUCACUAUAUGGGCCAUGAUUUCCUUUGGGGAUUUUGGGGGUUUUUUAAUCAUAUCUUAAUUCUCAAGUGAAGAGAAUGAAAGAAUUAGCAAGACAAAUGUUUAAGUCAGAAAAGUCAGGACUUAUUUUAGUUUUUUCUAGCGGUGGACAUGAUUUGUCUGGAAGAUACAGAUAUCUUCAGAUUUCUUAGACAGUGUAAUUUGACAGGAGAUAACUUUGGUAGUGAUAAGGAGUGACUUGGUUGAGU